AUGGCAACCAGGCAGUGGUUCUUGGGGCCGCUCCCCGCGGGCCCUGGGGAAACGCCGCUCCCGGACGACUUGGAACCUGGGGUACAGCCCUGCGAAGACCCCUCAUGGUCGCCUCCCACUGGCCGACCUGGGGACUCACCCCAGGCGGAGCCCGAGGAUGUUCAGGGGCAGCUGCCCGAGGCCUCCACCUCUACGCCUUUCCCUGAGCCUCUGGCCCCAGGCCCCGGGCCCGCCCCUCCUCGCCUACGCUUGGACACCAUGUUCAGCCCCAUCAGCGAACAGCUCCGUUACCUGCUCAAGAAGGCAGAUGAUUUCCAGAGCUACUUGUUCUACAGCAGGGACCGAGUGCAGAAGGAACAGCUGGCGAAGGCCAUGCCCACCUUCUUGCAGAUGUGUGAGCCCUACUUCCUGUACCUGGAGGCAGCUGCACGGAGUGUGCCCCCCAUCUUUGGAGCCCUGCAGGAGCUGAUCCGAAAGGGGCUGUUGGAGAUCUCCCAACAGCUGACUCUGCGCCUGGAACAGCUGGUCCUUAUGUAUGCAUCAUUUGGGUUUGUGAACCUGGAGGAGACUGACCCCCUAAGCAUCUCCUGUUUCUUCUGCGGGAGGUUCUCCAUCAGUCCUUCCCACGAGGUGUCCAUCUUUAGAUACUGUGCCCCUGCCGCCUACACCGCCAGCCGCUUGCCCCGAUACCUCUAUAAGAAGAUGCGCUGGAACCUGGAAACCACCCCAGAGUCCAGCAGCCAGGGGCAAGAUUCCCGUGUGGAUUACUACUUCCUGUGCUAUAGAGAUACAUGGGAAGACACAGGCAAGAGUCCAACCAACUCAUGCCCCCAGAUUCAGAAGCUGUGGUCCAUCGGCCGAUGGGUGCCCCUAGGACCAGCUGAGGAUGACCUUUCUUCAUGGAUUUUGUCCCCGCAGCCUUCCGGGGACUACGAGCAGCUGCUGACCAUCGGCUUCGAGGAGCCGUCGCACAUGCUGGCCACCGACCUGCUGGUGCAGAUCCUCACGGGCCAGGCAGGCACGGCCCGGCCCCCGAGCGCCGCCGGGCCCGCGGCGUGGGCCGCGCAGGAGUCUUGA